CCCGAACGACUCUUUCGCUUUUCGGCGAGCAAGAUUCCACAGACGGCGGCUCAGGCAGGAUCUUCCAAGAUUCCCUUUGGAGGGGUCCUUCGGCCGUUGGCGCCCACAGGGCCCAACGACGAAGAAAUAGAUACCGUGCAGCCCGGAAACGCUGGAAUUGUGCGUUGCAAACGCUGUCGUACCUACAUUAACGCCUUUGUCUCCUGGUUGGAUCAGGGAAAACGCUGGCGGUGCAACAUUUGUGCGCAAAUGAACGACUGUCCCUCGGCAUACUUUUGUCACCUCGACGAACAAGGAUUCCGUCGCGACCGGUUUGACCGCCCCGAACUCAGCAAGGGCGUUGCGGAAUUUUUGGCUCCCGCCGAGUACAUGGUACGCCCACCGCAGGAACCCACAUAUUUCUUUGUCGUGGACGUGAGCGCCACCGCUGUCCGCAGCGGCAUGUUGGAAAGCGUAGCGGCCGGCAUCAAGGCGAGUCUCGAUGAUUUGCCCGGGCGGGGUCGUACCAAAAUCGGUUUCAUUACCUUUGACAGCACGGUGCACUACUUCAAUCUAGCCGCCGAUCUCUCCAGUCCGCAGAUGUUAGUCGUGUCGGAUCUCAAGGAGCUCUUUGUCCCGCUCCCGGACAAUCUAUUGGUCAAUUUGAAGGAAUCGCGGGCGGUGGUGGAAACAUUUCUUGAUAACUUGCCCGAAAUGUUUGCCAAAAAUCCGGUUGUGUCGCAGUCCUGUCUGGGACCGGCUCUCAAGGCCGCCUUUACUGUCAUGAAACAGAUUGGAGGAAAGAUGUGCGUCUUUCAAUCCAUCAUGCCAAAUUUGGGCGACGGCGCCUUGAAACCCAGAGAACAGCCCGGUAUCAUGGGAACGCCGAACGAAGUCAAGCUACUAAAGUCUGAUGUUUCGUGGUACAAAGACACCGCCAUCGAAUUUAGUCGUCAACAAAUCAGUGUCGAUAUGUUCCUGUUUCCCUAUCAGUACAUGGAUCUGGCAGCUCUCGGCGAACUUCCAAAGUACACCUCCGGUUCCUUGUACUCGUACGUAAACUUCCAACGCGCCCGCGAUGCUCGCCGCUUCGAAGAGCAACUCAACAAGACAUUGGUACAAACAACCGCCUUCGAAGCGGUAAUGCGCAUUCGUUGUACCAAAGGCAUCCGAAUAACCAACGUUUACGGAAAUUUUUACAUUCGGGGCACGGAUCUCUUGGCGUUGCCCAACUGCAAUACCGAUUCAGUCUUUGCGUUCGACCUGGCCCACGACGAGCAAACCGUGACGUCGAAAUACGUAACGAUCCAGGCGGCCUUGCUCUACACCAGCAGCGACGGCGAACGCCGCAUACGGGUCAUGACGCAAGCUCUGCCGGUCACGUCGUUGAUGUCGGAAGUCAUUGCUUCCGUCGACUGUGAUGCCUGUUGUGCAUUACUUGCCAAACAGGCUUUGGAAGUUUCACUCAAGUCCAGUCUAGACAACGCCCGCAUGAAGCUCCAACAAGUAUGUGUUGAAAUGAUCAAAACAGCCAAGUCGGGCGAUAAACGCACGGUCUCGGGAUACGCUGCACCGCCACCUCCCGGACACUACAUUGCUAGCAGUGAUGAAGACAAGCCCAUUCCGGAGCAUCUCGCACUACUACCGCUUUACACUUUGGCUACGAUGAAGAACGUGGCCUUUCGAGGUGGGACGGAUGUUCACCCCGACGAGCGUGUUCAAGCCCGUGAUUUGCUAAACGGGAUGUGGGUGGAGGACUCGAAGCACUUUAUAUAUCCGCGAAUGUUCACUAUUCAUGACAUGGGCGAUAAUGUAGGUUAUACCUCCGAAGAAGAACCAGGAAACGAAAGUCCCAGUGAGCUGACGGCCGGUCGCGAGCAAAUUGUUCUCCCGCCCGUCGUGAAUCUGAGUAUCGAGAAUUUGACUAGCAACGGCGUUUAUCUGUUGGACAAUGGCGUUGACAUGUACCUUUGGGUAGGGCGUACUGCUGAUCUUAAUGUCGUUGGUUCACUUUUUGGAGUCCAUUCCUUGGACGACAUCGAUCCGAAUCAGGUAAGUCGGUGA